GGAGCGGCCGCCGCCGCCACCGCCGCCGCCAUAGAGACUGUAGCCGUGGAGACUGUUACUUACCAACGGGGACCAACACGCAGCAGCCGCCACCGCCGCCGCGGGAGCCGUUGCCCGAACUCCCGGCCCGAACUCCAGAUGCAUUUUGCCAAGCGACCAGCUCUGCAGGCAGAACUUACAGAUGAGAACAUUUAAAAACUGGUUAUCGCUGGCUGUUAGGUGCCAAUCCAGCCGAAGUCUGGAAAUCAGCCACCUGGAGAGCUGAGCAUGCAGAAUUCGGAGGGUGGAUCGGAUUCGCCAGCUUCCGUGACUCUGUGUCCGUCGUCGGCAGCCCAGGCGCCCGUGGCCCAGCCUGUGCCAGCCUCCCCGCAGAGGGUGUUGGUCCAGGCAGCGGGCUCGGCUCCCAAAGGGGCCCAGAUGCAGCCCAUCUCCCUCCCCAGAGUCCAGCAGGUGCCACAGCAGGUCCAGCCCGUGCAGCACGUGUACCCCCACCAGGUGCAGUACGUGGAAGGGGGGGACGCCGUCUACACCAACGGAGCCUUGCGGACGGCGUACGCCUACAACCCCGAGCCCCAGAUGUACGCCCCCAGCAGCGCCGCGUCGUACUUCGAGGCCCCGGGCGGCGCCCAGGUGACCGUGGCAGGCUCCUCCCCGCCCGCGGUCCCCGCCCACAGCAUGGUGGGCAUCACCAUGGACGUCGCGGGCAGCCCCAUCGUCUCCGGCGCGGGAGCCUACCUCAUCCACGGCGGCAUGGACGGCACCCGGCACUCCCUGGCCCACACGUCCCGCUCGUCGCCGGCUACGCUUGAAAUGGCGAUUGAAAAUCUCCAAAAAAGCGAAGGGAUCACAUCACACAAAAGCGGUUUACUCAACAGCCAUCUCCAGUGGCUCUUGGAUAAUUACGAAACCGCGGAAGGCGUGAGUCUCCCCAGAAGUUCCCUCUACAACCACUACCUUCGGCACUGCCAGGAGCACAAGCUGGACCCCGUGAACGCCGCCUCCUUUGGGAAGCUGAUCCGCUCCGUGUUCAUGGGCCUGAGGACGCGGCGGCUGGGCACCAGGGGCAACUCCAAGUAUCAUUACUACGGGAUCCGCCUGAAGCCGGACUCACCCCUGAACCGGCUGCAGGAGGACACGCAGUACAUGGCCAUGCGACAGCAGCCCGUGCAUCAGAAGCCCAGGUACCGGCCAGCGCAGAAGACGGACAGCCUUGGGGAGAGCGGCUCGCACGGCAGCCUGCACAGCACCCCUGAGCAGGCCAUGGCCGCCCAGAGCCAGCACCACCAGCAGUACAUCGAUGUGUCCCACGUCUUCCCGGAGUUCCCGGCGCCCGACCUGGGCAGCGUCCUGCUGCAGGACAGCAUCACACUGCACGACGUCAAGGCCCUGCAGCUGGCCUACCGGCGGCACUGCGAGGCCACUCUAGACGUCGUGAUGAACCUGCAGUUCCACUACAUUGAGAAGCUGUGGCUUUCCUUCUGGAAUUCUAAAGCCUCCUCUGGUGACGGCCCUGCCUCUCUACCCGCCAGUGACGAGGAGCCGGAAGGUGCCGUCCUCCCAAAGGACAAGCUGGUGUCUCUGUGCAAGUGCGACCCCGUGCUCAGGUGGAUGAGGACCUGCGACCACAUCCUGUACCAGGCGCUGGUGGAGAUCCUCAUCCCGGACGUGCUGCGGCCCGUGCCCAGUACCCUGACACAGGCCAUCCGCAAUUUUGCCAAGAGCUUGGAAGGGUGGCUGACAAACGCCAUGAGCGACUUCCCACAGCAGGUCAUCCAGACCAAGGUGGGCGUGGUCAGCGCCUUCGCGCAGACCUUGCGGCGCUACACGUCCCUCAACCACCUGGCGCAGGCGGCCCGCGCCGUGCUGCAGAACACCUCCCAGAUCAACCAGAUGCUGAGCGACCUCAACCGCGUGGACUUCGCCAACGUGCAGGAGCAGGCCUCGUGGGUGUGUCAGUGCGAGGAGGGCGUGGUGCAGCGGCUGGAGCAGGACUUCAAGCUGACCCUGCAGCAGCAGAGCUCCCUGGACCAGUGGGCCAGCUGGCUGGACAGCGUGGUCACUCAGGUCCUGAAGCAGCACGCGGGCAGCCCCAGCUUCCCCAAGGCCGCCCGGCAGUUCCUGCUGAAAUGGUCCUUUUACAGAGCAUCCUCACAGAGUGAGGUAAAGAAGAGUCGAGAGAGAACAGGAGCGCAGAUGGUGGCGAGUGGGAGAUAGAACCAGGUGGGGAAUCGUGGUGCGAGGGGCCAGCUAGGACAGCGACCAAGAAAGCGGGAUGCGCCGCGAGCCUUUAUCCCUCACCGCCAAGUGCAAGCAGGGGGCGGAGACGGGCGUCGGCUCCCCACGUCCUGCGUGAGGGUUAGGUGGACAUGUUUUAAAACGACGUACGUGACUGUAUUAUAGUGAAUUAGGUGUGUGUUUGUGCAAAUGUAAGGAGAUUCAUUUCAGGGAGCGGGCUGGCGUGAUCGCGGGGCUGGAAUGUCUGAAGUCUGUAGGGGGUGCUGGCCGGCUGGACACUCAGGCAGGAGCAGCUGCCGCCACCCGCAGGCGGGACUCCUUCCUCCUCAGGGAAACCUCAGUCUUGCUCCCAAGGCCCCUCAGCUGACGAGGUGAGGCCCACCUCUGUGGGGAGGCCGGGCUUCUCCCCCUCAAGUGGAGGGAUGGUGGAUGGGAACCAUGGCAACACCCUGACUAAUGUUUGACUGAAUCACUGCCCAUCACUGCCACUGAGAACUAACUGUCACAGAAAGCAAACAUGAGGACUUCCCUGGUGGCGCAGUGGUUAAGAAUCCGCCUGCCAAGGCAGGGGACACGGGUUCGAUCCCUGGUCCAGGAUGAUCCCACAUGCCACGAAGCAACCAAGCCCGUGCGCCACAACUACUGAGCCCAUGUGCUGCAACUACUGAGCCCACGCACCUAGAGCCUGUGCUCCACAACAAGAGAAGCCACCGCACUGAGAAGCCCACACACCGCAACGAAGAGUAGCCCCCACUUGCCACAACUAGAGAAAGCCCGUGCACAGCAAUGAAGACCCAACGCAGCCUAAAUAAAUAAAUAAAUAAAAUGUAAAAUAAAAUAAAAUGUACAAUUCAAUGUUUAAAAAAAAAAGAAAGUAAAUGUGAGAGAGAAAAAGCUACAGAGAAAGAAAGAAGAAUGUGAGAAAAAACUCACAAAAGAAAAGAAAAAGACGUGAAAGGGUCACUCCCGGCAGUUUACCCUCCAGCUGAUAGGAAGUUUUUUUUAAGAGAGAAAAAAUGGAGGGAAAGAAAAUAAUAAAAACAUAAUCAAGAAAACGUCUCAGAACUAAGGGCUCAGGUUUCCAAGAGCUGCGGGAUUCCCUGCCCGGUGGGUGAGCUUCCCAGCCCCACUGUGACGGUCACACACCAAGGAUGAGAGCUGACUAGAAAGGCUUCCAGGGAGAAAACAGCAGGUCACACGGCAGGCCGGGAACCAGAGCAGCGUCAGACUUGGGUGCGGCCACGAAGAGCCCAGGAGACCAGAGCAGUGCCGUCAGGACGCUGACGGAAAGCUGUCCCCAUGCUGCAGUUCUCACCUGGGCAGACGGGAGCAGGGAGCCCAGGCUGCAGGAGGACCCGGCCCAGAAGAUGUGGGCUGUGCUCACCCAGAGGAGCCCUGAGGGGGAGUUCCAGUCCCAAUCAGGGAUAGACACGUAGACAUGGAGCAUAUUGUUAAAAGGAGACAGUUGGGCUUCCUAGGUGGCGCAGUGGUUAAGAAUCCACCUGCCAAUGCAGAGGUCAUGGGUUCGAUCCCAGCUCCAGGAAGAUCCCACAUGCCGCGGAGCAACUAAGCCCGUGUGCCAAAAAAAUAAAGGAGAUAGUUAACCAGGGAGACGACCAGCUGUUCUUAUGUCCACAGGCCACGCAAGACUGCCCAUCAGCCAGCUGUGGCCGAGGGCUCAGGUCACUGUCCAUAAAUGUUAUUGGCACUCGGCCAGGCCCACGCAUUUACAGGUCCUUAGCAGAGCUGAGCAGAGGGAACAGAAGACUAUUUAGUAUCCGGCUCUUAUCAGAGAGUUUCCUGACCCCUCAGCCAGCUAUCGGCCCAGUCACUCCCUGUCCCCAACUCCGUCCUCAUGCUCUGCCCUGGCCUGCUGGCCUCAGGGCCUUUGCACUGCCCUCCCCGACCUGGAACAUCCUUCCCCAGGGAGCCCUGCGGCCAAUCAUCCUCAGAGAAGCCUGCAGACCUCCCGAGUGAACUAGCCCCUCCUCGUCCUCCAUCCCCUGCACCCUGAUUUUCUUCCACCGCCUGUCACCCCAUUCUCUGUUCGCUUGUCUGCUGUCUGUCCCCUCGGGAGCCGGGACAUUGCCCUGGUUCACUGCUGCAUCCUCAGCAUCUGAAUGUUGAGUGAUGAAUGAACAAGUGAAUGAACAAGAAAGGGAUUGUAAGCCUGACUGACCGCGGGCUCGGCUGUGGACUUACACCCCAACACCACAGAGGGAACAGGAUUUAGCCGAAACGUGCAAUAAAGCAACGCUGGGGUGAUGGGAGAGGAGCGGGGCUGGUGGCUGCAGAGGCUGCCUGUGGGGGCUCAGACCCUGCCCCUGUGGCUGGAAGUCGUGACCUGGGGAAUCAGGACCGGCAGGGUGAGCCCGUAACUUACACUACGGAGAUGAGAACACAGCUGAGGCUUGGAAGUGGCCGUGGCCUCCGUGAGAUGGGGCUGCUUUUCUCUGUAACGACGGGGGCCCCGCCUGACUCCAGCUUGUCGGGUUUAAGGGACUUGUCUCCGCAGUGUCCACCAGCAAACGGACAGCAGUGGGCGGGGGCUGGGUAGGUUGACAGCCACGCUCGUGUCCAGCUUCUCCCAGUGGAGUUCCCACUGCAGGAAGCGGCGAGCCCAUUUGGAGAACCCAAAACGUACCAAGAUGACCAUGGAGAUGGUUCAGAAAAACUCCCUGGAGCCAAAGCUUCACACCAGACACUGAGGCUGUGGGGGGUGGGGGUGCCGGGUACCAGCACCCAAUCCAGGGGGCCCUUCGGGGAAGGGGGCCGGAAACCCCUCUGGGUGGGCGCAGAGAGGGAGUGUGACUCGAAGCAUUCGGGCCUGAGGUCUCCCGUUAGGGCAGCAGCGGCAUAGACUGUGUUUUAACACUUUGAAAUGUAAGCAGCGUCCGCCCCACGGCUUCUUUCCAGGCCUGUGUUAUCAGUGGCAACGUGAAAACCGAGCACCGCUUCCAGGGGUGGGGCAGGCAAGGGGCCCCUUCCCAGGGACCCGUGGUCUGUGUUCGCUGGCUUACCUUUCGGGGGUCGGCCAUACAGAGCCAAAGGAGCCUCUGAGCAGAAAGCACAUCCCAAACCCCGAGCCCGUUCCCUCUGCUCCCUCACGCGGCCUUUGCAUUCGUGAACGUCCUUCAAGGGACCUUUGCUUCCUAAAGUACUCGUUUGGACACGGGCAGGCACCACCCGGAUCCCCUCCCUGGUUGCCCUCCUAGGGCAUCUCAAAGCUGGAGCCAGCCCUCCUUUUCCACUGCUGAACCAAGCUGCCUUCAGAGCAUGUCUGCACACUGACCCGGGACGAUGCGAAAAGAAGUAAACUGAUUUGUUGUCGGCUGUCUUUACUGACCCGCCCAGCAACAGUUUCAACCUGUUGAAAGGUAAACUGAAGCUCGUUAAAUUUUCAAAAGAUUCUUUGAGCAAAGAUCGCUCUGAAAGCCAAAAUGGUUAAGAGCCUCCCCAGACAGGAGCAAGGGGAGAGGUGUUUGCACAGAAGGAAAUGACCUGACGGCUGCAGCUUGGGCACACUGACUGAUCCGGCCGGGUUCCAGAUGCUCGGACUCCAGGGCGGGAGGCAGGGCCACCCUGGGUCAAUGCCCCCUGCUUCCAUUUCUGUCACGGGCCGUAAUCACAUCGUGGCUCCUCUCCUGUCUUGUCCCUUCCUGUUUCUUUUCUCGUUACCACAGCUAUUAGAUGUCACUGAGAGUAGGUGAGUUCUGAGAUAGGACAGCCAGGUGUUUGGGACCACAGGCAGAGGCGUGUGUAGACCAGAGUUUUUGGUCGGGUACCAUGUUAAAUAACUCCUCUAGAUCAGCACUCGCUUCCCCUAUAAAGAAUCAGAUAGUAGGUCUCUCUGAGCAGUCAAGUUCUCCAGGCACAUGGCACACAGCACAUCAACGACAGGCAUGGCCGAUAAAACUGUAUCUAUGGACACUGAAAUGUGAAUUUCAGGUACUUUUCAUGUGUCGUGAAAUAGAAUUCUUUUCACUUUUUUUCCCAACCAUUCAAAACUGUAAAAACCAUCCUUGGCUCGCGGGCUGGAUCUGGUCUGGAGUGGGCCGCAGUGUGCCCACCCCUGCUUUGGAUGAAAGAGGCAAAGGCGCCCUGAACCUGAGUCGCAUUUUCAGGCGCCUAAAACCGCUGACUGAGGGUGGGGAGGGCGGGAAAGGCCGCGGGGUGGCCCGGGCGGCUGGCAGGCCCCUCGCAGGCCAGCUCGGGGCUGGAGGGGAGCCUGGCAUCCUAGGUGCCAGCCCGUGUCUGCCGCCCCAGCU